UCGUGUUUGUGGAAGGCCAGACGGAAGUGUUGUGAGUGACGAAUAUACGAUAAAUCGACUUUUAAUUACUAAAUCCAGUGGAGAUACGUGGACUUAAAAUGGUACAGAAGUACCAGUCGCCUGUACGGGUGUAUAAGUAUCCCUUCGAGCUGGUGAUGGCUGCAUAUGAGCGGCGAUUUCCAACUUGUCCACAAAUCCCUGUGUUUGUAGGUUGUGAAGUAUUAUCAGACACCAAUAGUCCAGAUGGAAGUCAAAGAGUAACUGAACGUCGUUGUAAGCUCAACGUGGAAGCACCAUACUUAUUAAAAAAGAUAAUAGGCGUUGAUUUUGUUUAUUUUGUUCAGAAGAACAUGCUAGAUGUCAGAAACCGAACCCUUAAUAUUGAAGCUCAUAAUGAAAGUUUUGCUUCCCGUGUGGUGGUUCUUGAGAGAUGCAGAUAUUAUGUUCAUCCAGAAAAUUCAGACUGGACAUGUUUUGAGCAGUCAGCAAGUCUUGAUAUCAGAUCUUUCUUUGGAUUUGAGAAUUCUAUGGAAAAGUUAGCCAUGAAACAGUAUUCACAAAAUAUUGCCAAGGGUAAAGAAAUCAUCGAGCAUUUUAUUAGCGAGUUGAAGAAAGAAGGUGUGACAUAUUUACCUCCUUGGUCUGAGCCUAAUAAGGCAGUGCCAGAUGAUGAAGAUGAUGAUGAUGAUGAUGAUUAUGAUUAUCUAAGAGCACAUGGUGAUACAAGUCAAAGUUCAGGAGAAUUUGCUCUGGGAGCAUCUGCCUCUGACUACAGUACUUGCGCAACUGCUAGCAAAACAGCACCACAUCUCUCAUCAGAAUCUCAGUUCCAGUUGGACACUGAUUACAUUCAGCGCUAUCUAGGAGAGCUGACCCUUUUGCAGGAGUCAAGAUUAGUUCAGCUUCGAAAAUGGGUGGCAGACCUACAGAAGGGCAAGGUUCCUAGUGAUUCUACACUUCUCCGGUUUCUGAGGGCAAGAGACUUCAAUGUGGAGAAGGCCCGGGAAAUGCUGUCACAAUCCCUGAUGUGGCGUAAGAAACAUCAAGUUGAUAAGAUUCUCUCAGAAUAUAAAACACCGCAGGUUGUGAAGGAUUACUUUCCGGGUGGCUGGCACCAUGGUGACAAGGAUGGACGACCGUUGUACCUAUUGCGACUUGGUCAGAUGGAUGUGAAGGGACUGCUGAAAGCUAUCGGUGAAGAGGGGCUUCUUCAGCUUACUCUGCAUGUGUGUGAGGAAGGCCUUCAGUUAAUGGAAGAGGCUACAAGGACACAAGGGAAGCCUAUCUCAACUUGGUCACUUCUAGUUGAUCUGGAAGGGCUUAACAUGAGACACCUUUGGAGGCCUGGUAUAAAGGUAUGUCACCAGGACCAUUUUUCACAGAGCAGAUUUAUAUCACAGUGA